CGUAGAUAUAGAAAACAGAAUAUAAAUGUAAAAAAAUGAGAAACCCUUCGUUUCCUUUUGUACUCAUCUUGUUCUAUUUUAAAGCUAACAUUUUUAUUACAGAGACGUAUAUCAUAUAUAUAGAUAGAUAACAAGAUCUAGAGUGAGAGAAAGGUGAGUAAGCAGAGAGCAAGAUCUGUGAUAGUCUCUGUAGAAGUUCAGAGAUAUAGAGAGAAUAAUGGAGAAAAGCUGUCACUCAUCAUCUACUUCUGGAGGAGAUUCUAUAACCAGUAGCAGCACUAAUAAUAAUAACAAUAAUAAUAGACAGAACCCAAGUGAUCAUUUUCUCAAACAUCUCAAUAAAAUCUCUCAUAAGAUAUCCAAACAGCCAAUCGUUAGAAAACCCCCUUCUCCUCCUCCUCUUGAUCAGCACAAUAACCACCAUCAAAAUCAAAAUCAAAAUCAAACUCAGAGUUUUCAAAAUCAAACUCAGAGUUUUCAAAAUCAAAAUCUUCAUCAACAACAACAGCAGCAAAGUCAAACCCAUAGUCAGAAUCAAGAACUACAGAACCAACAUAAUCAGCAGUUACAGCAACAACCACCUGUUUAUAAUAUAAACAAGAGUGAUUUUAGAGAUGUAGUACAGAAAUUAACAGGUUCACCAGCACAUCAUGAUAGAUUCUCAACACCACCACCAAUACAACCACCUAAACCACCAAGUUCUCGUCUUCAUCGUAUUCGUCCACCACCUUUACAACCACCUAGACCCACUUCUCCACUAAACAACCCCGCCGCUUUCAUACCUCAACCACAACCUCCUCUUCCGAAUACAAACCCUAACUUCAAUAACAACAACAACAGCAACAACCCAGGCAGUAGUAGCUUUGGAGGAAGACAAGUAACACCAUUAUCACCACUACCACCAUUUCCAUCUGUACAUGGUGCAGCAGAAUCACCAAUCUCUGCUUACAUGAGAUACCUUCAAAGUACAACACCAACCCUAGAUGCAGAAUCAAGAAAGUUUAUUGGGUUCUCUUCAGUUCCACCAAUACUUUCACCUAAAUGGAAUAAUCAACCAAACUCGUUUUUUCAACAGCAACAGCAGCAGUUUCUUCUUCCUUCGCCCAAUUCAAUGGCUAAUUCGCAGUUUCCGAUGCCUAAUUCGCCUUUGGGAUUCGGAUUGCUAUCUCCAAGUUUGCUUUUUUCGCCUACAAGUGGUCAAUUAGGGUUUCCUCAGUUCCCUCCUUCACCAAGGUUGCCAUUGCUGAGUCCAAGAUGGAGAGGUGUUUAAAACAUCAUGAUAAAUUUAUGUUUAAAAGGUGAUUAGGUUGGGGCGUCAAAUAUUCCAGAUUCCGAUCAGAAUCUUCGAAUGGAGAUACUAUUCAUGCUCAUUUGAACAAUUCUGGUAAUGGUCAUCGCUCUUAUUUUACCACUCCCUUCCUCUCUAUUGAUGCAUUUGAUGGAGAAAUCCCAACAUUGUCUGAACUAGCACGAAGGCAAGAGAUUUUGGCAAGAAACGUGAAUUGACAAAAGGGAGAAAUUGAUAAUUUGUUCAACUGCAUGGUGGAUUUGACGAGAAUUUAGGGAGCUUAAGUGGUGGAGCGUUCAUCUCCUGACACCACUGAUGCCCAUCCUCAAGCCAACAGUUUCACUACUUGUGAGAAACCGGUGGAUAAGGAAGUUACACAUCUAAUUGAAAAUUUAUGUGAACUCCUGCACUUCUCCAGAGAUCAGUGCACAAACACAUUUGUUGCACUCAACCAAAUACCAUAUGAUGUGCAAAUAAGUCCGUCGUAUCUAGCAAUUGAAGAAGUAUCCAUGGUGUCCGAACAUUCAAUAAUCAAUAUUACCUUAACUGAAGAAGACCGAAUGGCAAAAGAAGAACAUAAACGAGCCUUGUAUGUGACUGCUUUUAUUAAAGACUCCGAAUUCGAAAGAGUUAUCGUUGAUAAGCGCUUCUACCAAUCUUAUUUCUAUAAAGACUCUCAGAGCGGCCAAAGUCGCACAAAGCAAAAUCGUUCAUCAUCCCAUAUUGAUGACAGGGUUUGAAGGAAUCCAGAGCCAUACAUACGGGUAUGCCUAUGUGGAUCUGAAAGUGGGACCUAUUCAAUCAACAAUCAAAUUUCACGUGAUUGAGGAAGAGCCUGACUAUCAUAUGAUACUCAGACGGUCGUGGCUCCAUGAUAAGAAGGUUGUCCCUCGAUAUAUCAUCAAUGUAUGAAGGCUCUGUUCAACAACAAGAUCGUCCGCGUUGCAGCUUCAUCAUCUCCUUAUGCUCCAGUUUAUGAUGUCGAGUUCCUCGAACCUCAAAAAAGCAUCCCUGAACCUCCAAGCAAGAUCUACAACACUCCGCUCCUAAACUGGAAGUCCAUCAAGAAAGCUGUCGACAAACCAUCAUCUUCAAUGGAUAAUGUUAGAUCCUCCAAGUCACCUGACACACCGCUCAAGCAUCACCAUGAUCAAGUCUCAACUCACGAUCAUACUAAGAAGGGAUCUACUUUAUAACCUGCUACGAUGCGGAAGGAUCAUUCACCUACGAUACAGAUAUUAGCAAUUAACAGGGGAGGUCGAUGAAAAGUCUCCCCGUCCUGAAGAGUCAUGUCAGAGCGAACAAUCGACUGAUGAAGAAAUUCAAGAUGCUCCACGACAAUUGCAAGAUGACACUGAUUCCACUACUGAUGAUCUUGAAACAAUCAACAUCGAAACGGAGGAAGAUCCAAGACCAAUUUUUAUUAGUUCUACACUAUCACCAGAGGAAGAAACGGGAUUGAUAAGCCUGCUGAAGAAGUAUCAAGAUAUUUUUGCUUGGGCGUACGAGGAAAUGACCGGGUGUGGACGACAAAUUGGUCACGCAUCACUUGCACAUAAUUCCCGGCUCCAAACCUGUCAAACAACCGCCCAGGAAGUUCAGGCAUGAAGUCGAGGAACAAAUUAAAUUUGAAGUUCAGAAACUACUAGCAUCUGGAUUUAUCAAACCCAUUCAACACCCGACGUGGCUGGCGAACGUUGUCCCGGCCGGUCAAGAAGAAAAAUGGUCAAAUCCAAUUUGUGUAGAUUUCAGAAAUCUGAACAAAUGUUGCCUGAAGGAUGACUUUCCCUUACCCAACAUUAACAUGCUCGUAUAUGCAACCAGUGGUCAUGACAUGUUCUUAUUUAUGGAUGGAUACAUUGGCUACAACCAUAUCAAGAUGUAUGAGCACGAUGCUAGCAAAAGUGCGUUCCGAACACCACUGUGAUGCCUUUCGGAUUGAAGAAUGCAGGUGCUACCUAUUAACGAGCAAUGACUGCUAUCUCUCAUGACAUGAUGCAUAAACAAGUAGAGGACUAUGUCGACGAUGUGGUUGUCAAAUCAAAAACUCGAUCAUCCCACCUAGAUGUUUUGAGACAAGUCUUCG